AUGAGACUUAAAACCAAAACGUUUGCUGAUGAGCACUUUUCACACGUUAUUGAAAUAAGUUUAGAUAAAGAAAACUUAAUACUGUAUUCAUCAAAGUCUCAAAGUUUGAAUAGCUCACAUAGAAUUCCAAAAACCAGGGCUUCCGUCCGCACCUUUUUCCUGUUCCAAACCUUAUUAGCGGUCCGCAAACCUGGUCUGAAUCAUGUAAACGGACCGCUUCAGUUCGUUUUAAGCGGCCCAGAAACGGAUCCCAGACCACAGGCUGAUGCCCUGUCAAUAAAACAAUAUUGUUUUUUGCACAAGUAUUGA